CAACUGUUCACAUCUUAUCAACAUGGAGUUUUUCUUGUGGUUUACAGACUGUCAGCAGCCAGCAGCUCCUUGCCACCCCACUGUGACAUGGAUUCAUGCAGCUCCGAGGAAUUCUACCAGGCUGUUCACCAUGCAGAGCAAACCUUCAGGAAGAUGGAGAGCUACCUGAAGCAACAGCAGCUCUGUGACGUUAUCCUGAUUGCUGGGAAUCGCAAGAUACCUGCACAUAGACUUGUCCUCAGUUCUGUUUCUGACUACUUUGCUGCCAUGUUUACAAGUGAUGUUUGUGAAGCCAAGCAAGAAGAGAUCAAAAUGGAAGGCAUAGACCCCAAUGCACUCUGGGAUCUUGUUCAGUUUGCAUACACAGGUUGCCUGGAAUUGAAAGAAGACACCAUUGAAAAUCUUCUAGCAGCUGCCUGCCUCCUCCAGCUCCCACAAGUAGUAGAGGUUUGCUGCCAUUUUCUAAUGAAGCUUUUGCACCCAUCCAACUGUUUGGGAAUACGAGCAUUUGCUGAUGCACAAGGAUGCACAGAGCUUAUGAAGGUGGCUCACAACUACACCAUGGAGAAUAUAAUGGAAGUUAUAAGAAAUCAAGAAUUUUUACUGCUACCGGCUGAAGAACUCCAUAAACUUCUUGCUAGUGACGAUGUGAAUGUUCCUGAUGAAGAGACCAUCUUCCAUGCCUUAAUGAUGUGGGUGAAGUAUGAUAUGCAGAGGCGGUGCAAUGACCUAAGUAUGCUACUUGCUUAUAUCAGAUUACCACUGCUUCCACCACAGAUAUUGGCUGACCUAGAAAACCAUGCACUUUUUAAAGAUGACCUAGAAUGCCAGAAGCUUAUUCUGGAAGCCAUGAAAUACCAUCUUUUACCAGAGAGAAGAACUCUCAUGCAAAGUCCAAGAACUAAACCUAGAAAAUCUACAGUUGGGACACUUUAUGCUGUUGGAGGAAUGGAUAACAACAAAG